AUGUAUGCCAUUGGAGUUAAUUUAGAUCCCCCCUCUAUCAGCUGGCGUGUCACAGUUGGGUUGGAUGGGCGCAAAGCCAUGUGCUCGACGUUCACACCUAGGUUCAUCUGCAUGGAUGCCGGUCUUAGUUGCAGCACGGAGAAUACUGGAUACGGCAUUGUGGCUAUAUCAGCCUAUCAGUCACACAGUAGCUGA